AUGUGCCUUCAUGUUAAGGAUGAGGAGCCUGCCCAAGUGUACCCAGAAGGACCACGAAAGCAGUAUCCUUCAGAUGUUACCACCAGGCAGUCUAUCAAUAAACGUAUCCAUUACAUGCGAAGCCUAGAGAAAGAGAAGAGGAAACUGAGAAAAAGGUUCCUAAAGCCUAACCCAAUUCCAGAUCCAGGAAUCGUGGCCCGAUAA